CCGAAUACCAUCCCGCUGCUUCCCAAUGUGUCUUGUCAUCUCGUUGUCGAUUCUGUCGGCUGGAAAUCGCGAGCAAUGAUAAUGCCACGUAACGUGAUGAAGAUGCGUGGAGAGAAAUCAGAACAAGACACGGAAACUGCGCGGAGGAGGUUCUACAGAGGACAUCGCUCGGACUCCUUCUAUCCUGAAGACUUGAAUGAGCUUCUUGAACUCCGUGCUCGCCAGAGGACAUUUGAUGGUGCAUAUGCACGAGGCGCAUUGAGCGACCUUGGCUACGCCUUGACAAUCCUACGACUAUUUGAUGAUCGGUUCGCACGAAUCGGGCUUGUCUACUGCAUCCUCGCAGCCCUUCUCUUUGUUAUUGCAUACUUCCGACACCGACAGUCACGGCAUGACUUUGCCGACAAACAUCAGGGGCGGACGUGGGAGCAUGCAAAGCCCACCGUUGGGCAAAGCGGGAAACGGGUUUUCGGACGGCCGUUCAUCACAGCAGGCUGGACAGUCGUUUCAGUGACGAUUGUCGUCGCUCUCGUGGAGAUAGCUCUAGUUGUGCUGAUUCUUACUAUGGAUCUGUCGGUGUUAUCGUCAGAAGCAGGUUUUGGUGCAACAAAUAGUACCGAUGCUAUUAUGUCAACAGCGCGAUGACCGAAACGCUACUUCUAAACCUCGAAAUCAUGAAUGGGAACUUGAAGAUGGCAUAUGCCGCCUUCCACCGAUGGACUGUUGGCAACAUAGUUGUUGCAUUCGCACCUCAUGUAUACUUGAUACUCGUCUCUCGCUCUACCCAUCACCCCCUGUGUAUAAUUCUCGAUACCUCGGAGGAUUCUCUGUCCCAGUCCAAUCUAUAUGCGGCCUGUGUGGACCGUGUUGAUACACCC